GAAAACGUCGUGCCAAGAAUCCAUGAGAAGUGACGUAACAGGUCGCCAAGUUCUUGUAAGAAGAAGAAAAAUGAUGAAGGUUUGGUUGUUUCCGGUUGUGAUUUGGACCUUGAACGUUGAGCCAUCUGGCGGACAGACAGGAUGCCAAGACAUCAACUUCUUCUGCGGCAACUGGGGGGACAGUGGUCUCUGUACCUCCCAGAGGCAGUUCAUGCAGGAACAGUGCCCGAAGACCUGUGGCUCCUGCAGCAUCCCCCAAGUCCUGUUCCCGAGUUCUUUCACUUCUUCGAUCGCGAAUCCGGACUUCGGGCAUAGUCUUUGUUGUAGAAACGACCAGACCAACUGUAAGACCACCUAUCGUGAGACCAACGCAGCCUCCAGUAAUACCUAGCCCUAGACCCACUGUGGUACAAAUCUCACCUCCAGCUGUGACGAGGCCUCCAAUCCGUAAUCCAACCCCAGUUACGAGACCCCCAGUCCCUAACCCAUCCCGAAUAACUCCAACUCCUGUGAGGCAGCCAGUUCCUGCGACGUCUAAUGUGGUUCCCCUGACAUCUGGCUCUGAAAUACUGGAUGACGCCAUCUGCGGCUCCGUUCCAAUUACUGAUCGCUUCCUCUUGAGCGCCGCUCACUGCUUCUUCAACCAAACUGUAAGAUACAGAAUCAGACUGGGAGAAUUAGACAUUUCUCAGACAGGCGAAUCCAACUCUCGACCUCAGGAUGUAGACAUUGAAAAAAUAUUCAUUCAUCCGUAAUACAGGCACAACACCGGCUUUCGCUACAACGACAUAGCUCUACUGAGAACAUCCCAGAAGAUCAGAUUUUCGCCGCUGGUCUUCCCGCUUUGCAUCCUGGAAAAGUCUAUAGACGUCACUGGAGCGCCCCUGACUGUGGCUGGAUUCGGUCUUGUUAAUGGAACUUACCGCUCUCCCGUGCUACAAGCAGCCGAAUUGGAGGGCAUGAAUGACUUCCUCUGUCAGGAAAGAUACAAGAGCUUAGGUCACGACCUUGCCCUGAGGAAUCGAUACCCUGACCUGCUAGUUGGCAGGGGCAUUCUCUGCGCAAGCGCCCGUGGGAGGUCCGCGUGUCAGGGCGACUCAGGAGGGCCGCUGACGCUUCGCGCCAGGGACGGGAAGCAGUACCUCGUCGGGUUGGUGAGUAUAGGGGCUUCCUGUCUGAGCAACAACCUCUCCAUCCUGCCCGGCCUGUACACAGACGUCGCCUUCCACCUCGACUGGAUCAACCAGGUUGUUUAUGGGUCCUAGAAUCUGCCAAAAAUAAAUAUAUACAUAAAUAAAUAGAUAAAUAAAAAAUAAAAAAAAAUAGUUGUUCAUGGGUCCUACAAUCUGCCAAAAAAAAAAAAAAAAACAA